UCGAGACCGUGCGGCUGUGAAAAUCGCGAAAAUUCACAUACAGAAUAUAUAAAAUAAGAAAGCAAUUGUGCAGAAGAACGGGGAAGGCAGACGCGCGCGGGGUGACUUCAUGCAUAACAAAAGUGCAAUGGCCAAGUAAACAAACAAAAGCAAUACCUCUACAUAUGCAAAAGUGUCUGUGUGAGUGUUGAGCAAAAAUGAAUGUAAACAGCAACGCUCAGCCGCAGUUGGGCAUGCCACCGCCCAAGCCCAGACGCACGCGCCACAAAUUGCAGCGCAAUCCGUUGCACUAUGAGAGCUUGCCUACUGCACCACCCGCUAUGUGUGGCCGCGCCGAUGAGAAUAUAUUUCAGUUUCCUGCGGUGGCCAUGCGUGCGCGUAAUCUCUCCGCCUCACCCAAGCAGUGCGAGGCAAAGGAUUUGCCCGUGUGUGAGCAUGGCAAGCAUAGCUGCUUCUUCUGUCAGCCCUAUAGAGCCGAUCGUGGCACCAUAGAGCCGCUCAAGCAACGUCUCAACUCUGCCAUUGAGGCCAUAGAUCAGCUGAGUCAUACGUAUGCGCUGCUGGAGGGCUUGCUGGAGCAAAAGCUGGCCACCAUUACAGACAAUGAGGAGGAGGAGGAGGAGGAGCUGCAGCUGGAGGGCGCAGCAGCUGUCGCCCCUGCUCUAGUAGCGCCUGCGGCAACAGUUAAAAACAGCAGCACUGCAGAUGCGGAAUUUGAGCUGGAGCAUUCGCUCACCUGGCUGGAAUCGCUGAUGGGUACAGAGAUCGUGCCAGCUAGCAAGCCCAGCAAAUUUAAGCGCAUACGCGAGCGCAGCAAAUCCAUGAUGGAGGAAGAGAUACACAUGUAUCUCAAAGGUGAACGUCAGCUUAAGCCCAGCUCGCGACCAUAUCUGUUGCGUCGACAGAGCACAUACAGCGACAACAAAUCCAAAGUGUCCAAGUGGACGAAAGUCAAGGCAGCUUUCAAAUGGGAGCGCGCCAAUGUGCCGCCCAGCAGUGCUCCAGAAGCGGGCGCCUUGUUUCCGCUCAAUCUAGAGGUUGAAAGAUACUUGAAGGUGCCCAUUAACACCGCCGGCGGUAGCAGCUCGGCAGACAGCAUUAUUAGCUCCUCAUCGGGACACUUUAUGAGUGAAACGGGCGGCACGCCAGGCACUAUAAGCUCAGCCAGCUCCAUGGAUGAGCUACAACUGGAGGCAGGCAGUCGUACAGCUUCGCGACGACAAUCGGCCAAGAGCGACACCCAUGAGCUGCCCACAGAUGAGCGACUGGAGAGCGUUAAGGCCAUGCUGCCCAGUAAGUCUGCUUCCAACAAAUCUUUGCGUCGCUCGAAGGCUUUCUCCGACUUUGAAGUGCUGCCCGAGGAUCAUGUGGCGGACAUAAAGCAAACUUGCAGUCGUCGCAACAAGUUCCCGCCCAGUCCAUUGAAUCUUAAUCAGGUUUGUAGUGAUUUGCCGCAGUUGCAUUCGCCGCUCAAGAGUCCCAAGGAUGCCAGUCAAACGCUGCCACGCAUGCGGCAUGUCAGCUCACCCGGCAAUUCAUCUGUGCCUAGCAGUCCCUCCAGGCAUUCGGAUUUCUUUGGAGAGUUUGAGAGCGAGGAUUUGUCCAGCGGCGAUUUCUCGGAGCCCACAACGCCAAAUUGUAAGCCUUUCAGCGCACAGAAUGAAGAUGAGAUAUUUCAACGUUAUCAACUUCUACUACUCAAACUAGAUACGGAAUUCAAGCGUAAGCAGCGUGACUUUGAGCGUAAUAAUUCCUGCAAUCGCAGCCUCAAACUAAGCGGCAGUGGUGGCAAGCGCAGCAGCGAGGAGCAUUCACCCACGCAGCUGCUGCACAGCGAGCUCAUGUCCACGGAGCAGUUGGAACAGAAUUUAACGCCGCAGUUUAAGAAAAAGCUGCACAAAUGGCGCGCCAAGCAGCAAAGCUCCAAUGCCAGCUCCAGCUGCUAUACUGAGCCUGCUUGCAGUCCCACGGCAAAGAGUCUAAGUGGCGGUGAUUUGAAACCUAAAAUUGAUUGGAAUUUAUGGAGUUCCGGCGCCCUGAAGCUGGAAGGUCAGGGCUUAUGCUCACUGCCGGAUCAAAAGGAUUUGCCUGAAAAGUUUCAAAAGAAAUUGGAGCAAUGGAAUCGGCUCAAAUGUGCGCCUGCGGGUGGCGCCAACUCAGACAAUGAUUCCAUCAAGCGUGGCUCCAAGCAUGGACAGUCUACGCGUCGUGGCUCCGAUGAUGAUCGUUGGUACAAGCACAAGCCGCAUGAUAAGGAGCCCUUGUCUCGACUGAAGGCUAUAGUGGCGCCGGAUCAUAGUUCAAAGAACAUAGAGGUCAAGACCUCAGCUGGUGAGGUAAUGAAAUUCGAAGGCAUCUCGCGUAAAUUUACGCGCAAGCUCUACGAAUGGGAAAAGGCGCGUGGCAUUGGCCCAGAGGCAUCCACGUUUGCUUUACUGCAUCCGGGCUACUGUCCCAUCGAUGUGCGACGCAUCAAGGAAUGCAACAAGGCCAAUGCCGAGCACUCGCCCACGCUGAGUCGUUCCUUAUCGCUGGACAGCGUUGCGCCUAGUGCUAUGCAGGCUCAAGCUUUGGCCAUUUCGCAGCAGGCCUCCUCGCUGUCGCUCAACGAUGUCAAUGAGGUGCAGGAUAUGGAAAACUGCAGCCGUACGGGCGAGCAUGAGUUCAAGAAAUACGAUGAACCCGAGGCUGUCAUGGUGGAAGUGGAGGAGCAUAUACAUGACACUGCCUCGCCGCUGGUCACCGCUCACACGCUCGUGGAACAACAGACGCCCAUCUACAAGUACGAGGAGGUGCAGUGCAACGACUAUGUCAAUUCACGUCGCGUGCAAAGCUUUGAGUCCCACACCAACUUGGCGCCUUUACUGGGUGCACUGAAACGUGCCGAUGAGCUCUUUGGUCAAUUGCGCACUGCCUCGCCAGAUAUGUUCGAACAUGUCGCUAUGCGCGAUUGUCAAGCUACUUUGUUAAGUAUACGCAGCAUAUAUCCGUAUUAUACAAAUAAUUUGAUGAAGGCCAGCGUGCUUAAUGCUGUUUCGGAUGUGCAGACCGAACUAGGACGACUGGCAGAGCUGAGCCAGCGUUCACCAUUGGACGAAGCUUGUUGCCAAGAGACCAUGCAGGAUCGCAACACUGCCUACAUGGAGGAACUGCAAGGACUGCAUGAGACUUUGCUUCAUCUCAAGCUAAGCAUACAGGGCGGCUGCAAUCGGUAUCCACGUGAAAUAGUGCCGGAUAUAAAUAUAACAAGCGACGAUGGCGUGCAGCUGCUAUGCAGUGACGUCUGCGAUCAGCUAACGCUGGCGGAGCACAGUCCAGCGUCGCCCUCGCUGGAACAUGAAACAGAAACCAGCACCACGACAGGCACGUUGUGCCGCUUCAGCAUCUCGAAUGCGGCCAAAAAGAAGCAGCGUCUGCGCAAGCUGGGCUCCAGGCAGAACAGCAAGACGGAGAGCGAUAGCAGCGAUGCGGAAACACAAAUUGUGGUGGAAUUACCGCGGCGGCAGCGGCGCAAGAAUUUCCGACUCAAGCAGCGUUCGUUGGACGAUGAUUUUCGCUUGAGCGCCAGCACACAGCCGCGGAGCCUGGAGGCGGAGGACAUCAUAUGCAGUUCGCUGAAGGUGAAGCCGGGCGAACCCAUAGAGGAGAGCCAGAGCAUUGCCAUGAGCUUUGUGCCGCCGCCGCUGCCAGAGAAACAUACGCUCAACUACAAUACGAAUGCGAAUGUGUUUGUCAAGACGAAGCGCAAGUUGUUUACAACAAUACAAGAACCCAAUGUGGGCAUGGCGUUGAUAGAGAAGGAGCUGGAGAGUCCUUCGGUGAGCUUUAAGGAGUCACAGGCACUAAAAGCGGUAGCGACGCAACCAGCGCGCCGUUCAUACAAGUCCAUCAGCCUUGAGCGGCUGAAGCCGUUACAGGCGAAGGCCACACUGCGUCGCACACAAAGCAGCGAUAGUGUGCCUAGAGCUUGCGCUGCAGUGCGUCCGCCUUUGGCCAGCGACAGCAUGCAGUGCCUGGCCUUGAGCAAGCGCCAGUUCGCGCCAGUCUUACCGCCGCCGCGUCGUGCGCAGCUUUACAAGAAGAACUCGUUGCAUAAGUCACAUAGCGCCACAGUUAACCACAAGCUGGAGCAUAAGAUAGCCAAGACCAACUCUGGCUCUACCGUGGGCAGAACUACGCCCACACCCUAUACACCUGCGCCGCUGGUGCUGCCCAACAAACAGGACAAUACGCUGCCGCGCAUACAACGCAAGCUGGAGGUCAAGGGCAAGCCACUGCUCACACCCACCAAGCCCAAACAGUUUGAGUUUCCGCCAGCGGAGCGACCUGCCACGCCCCUAAGCGAACGCGCCUUACGCUUGCAACAGGCACGCGCGCAGUUUCUGCAAAGUGCGCCAGUAACACCUAGACAGGAGCCACUGACUCCUAGUACGCUGCCCGAUGCAGUGCAGCUGCACAAGAGCGUCAGCGCGGGCAGCAUGGUCGGCAGCGCCAAGGAGCAACAGCAGCUAGAGGCCAGCAAUACAGAUCAGGAGAGUGUCAGCAAUUCCAGCGCUUAUGACAGUUUGCCUAGAAGUGUAAGUCGCUCCGGUCGCAUCUCUAGUCGUCUUGGCUUUGCUACACUCGCCUCCAAGCUGCGGCGCGCAGGUAAAAAGCACAAGGAGCCUGCUCCAGCUCCCUCGCCCACUGGCAGCGCCUUGUCCGCCUUGUGUCGUCGAACGUUGAUGGCAGAUGUCAUAGCUGUGCCGCAGCUGCUGGCCACCAAUCGUCCCUUAUCCACGCCCAGCAGCAGCAGCGUCUACAAGUCACAGAGCUCACCACAAGCUGCCAGCCAUGUGGGCAGCUUUGAUGGCCUCAACAAAUCCCUCAGUGAGCAAUACGUGCGUCAGCUGAAGGAGAGCGAUGUCUAGUCCCUAGUGAAAGUUUAAC